UUGAGUGUCGGAACAUUUUAAAAGAUACUCCGAGCAAACAUGGCGACGUCCGUGGGGAAGCCACGCGUGAGUGUAGAGGAGUUGAAAGAUUCAAAAGAUGACGUGGAUGUGUUAGAAGAUGGUGGAAGUGAGGGGGCAGACACUGAUGAAGAGGAUGGUGGGAGUGAGGAGGGAUACUCUGACGAAGAGGGUGAUGAAGAUGGAUCAGGUGAGGAAGGGAGUGAGGCCGAUGAAGAGGACACUGGAGCGAGUGAUGACGAGGAGGCAGCGGAGGGAGGGAGUGAUGAAGAAGAGGGAGAAGAGGGAGGUGAAGAAGACCAGGCCGACAGCAACCCAAACGCUGGCUGGGCCGACGUCAUGGCCAAGAUCCUGCAGAAGGAUACGCCCAACAGCAAGCCUGUGAUCCUCCAGAAGAAUAAACAGCUGGAGAAAAUCAAAGAGAAGGCCAAAAAGGAGUUUCUGGAACGCAGGGAGCAGAUUGACAAGCGGAAAGCGUGGGAGAUGAUGAGUCGGGUGAAGCCGGACGUGGUCAAAGACCGGGAGAUGGAGAGGGGUCUACAGAGAACUGCCACCAGGGGUGUGGUGCAGCUGUUCAACGCUGUGCGGAAGCACCAGAAGGACGUAGAGGACAAGGUGAAGGAGGCCGGGGGCUCCGAGAGGAAGAAGGCCAAAAUCCUCGCCACCGUCUCCAAGAGGGACUUCAUCAACGUGCUGCGCGGCACAGAGGGUGCUGCUGAGCCUGCCAAGACAGUCAAAGAGGAGGCCAGUGAGGCGACAGGGGGGAAACCUGCGUGGAGUGUCCUGCGCGAUGACUACAUGAUGGGCGCCUCCAUGAAGGACUGGGACAAGGAGAGUGAAGAGGAACCUGGGCAGGGGCAGGGAGGAGAGGGGGAGGAUUACAACAGCGAGUCGGACUAAAGCCCCCCUCUCAGUGAAGCCCCUGUAUGCCUUUAUUGUUCAGUGGACACAGAGUAUGCUAGUUUUACAUUUGUGCAUCAAGCAAAUGUGACCGUUGUUACCGUUAAGUUGUGAGAAUUGAUCUGAAGAACAGAGGAUGCGGUCUGACCAUCUGAAGCGAUCUCAACAACCCGUGGAGAGGGAUCCUUUUUCUGUCAGUAUUCUGUAAAAGAGCCGGACUAUGCCGGAAAGCCUGAAGCCUGGUUGAUACAACACCAGGGUGUGUGUGUGUGGGGGGGAUGGGGUUAUCUCUUUAUUAUCAGCCCUGCCUGGUCAUCUAGACAUGUUUUGGGCCAUUUUGGUCUCUGACUGUUGUAAGAGGAUUAUUUCUAUUUUUUGGACAUAUUACCAAAGCAUAUGUUAAUUUCUGUGUAAAUAGUAACUUUUUACAGGCAACACUGUGGCAUGUCUUUUUUGUAUGCCUUGAUGUAUCAAUGCUAAACAUUUGAAUUGUUGUUUUGAAUUAAUAUUGACAUAAAUCAAACAAGAUAUUUUGAAC